UAACUUGCGAAAUCAAUGAACACUGCCUUGACCCAUCGCGACCUCAAUGCGUGGACGGAUUCUGUGCUAAAAAACCAACGACAGCUACGUCUACUACAACAACAACGACGACGACGACCCCAACAACGACGACCACAUCAACACCAAUACCAACUCCAAUAACAACAUUUAUAUAAAGAUUUUUACAUUGACAACGCACAAGUAUUGGACAUUUUACAUAUCACAUUUCCCAAUCUUUAAAUGCAGUUUAUUUAACCUGAUAACAACAAAAGAGGCACGUCAUUCGAAGUUGGAAAAUAGUGAUUCAUUACGGCCGGAGGUUUUAGGGAUAGUAACAGUGGAACUGUAAGCCAGGUGAUUUGUCCAUUUGGGAGCUGGACAGAAGCCAUGUCUAAGAUUCACAUAAAUGGAGGCAGUAUGAUGAUGGUAUCGAACACUAAACCUGGUUAUGACCUAGUCCGAAAGGUAAUGGUGAAAGUAAUUAUCUCCCGCAUACGAAAUAUCAACUUGGUAGAAAGCAGUUUCUUGGCAGACUUUUACAUCGUUACAAAAUGGGAGGAACCAAAGCUGAAUGGUAUAUCGAUAAACGAUGUCCUUAAUCUGGACGACUUUUGGAAUCCAAAACUUCAGAUGGAAAACAUAAUCGGGGAAAUAACAGAGACAAGGGAACGUUCGUUUGAUUUAGACGCCAGAGGAAAUGCAAUCAUCACAGAUAAAUGUCACAUUAUUGGAACGAUCUCCCACAAUUUCCAACUCCGACAAUUUCCAUUCGACAAACAGGAUAUCACAUUGAGCUUUACGUCUAAACAUCCCAUUGGUCGGUUUGAAUUUAUUCAGUCUGACGUCAGUUUCAUCCAAAACCCGGAUGAGCAAUCCCCUGACUGGAAGAUAGCUAAAUAUUUGGAACUUAGAACUGGUUCAGUAUAUGACGAGAUCCAUCAAGUGAACAGAGACAGUUUGAAAAUAACGUUGAAAAUACUUCGUAAGCCAGAUUACUAUAUACUCAACUAUUUUCUCGUUAUGUUUCUAAUCUGCAUUGGUAUACCUCUGACAUGGAUGAUGGACGUACUGAGAUUGCACCACGUUAGAAUGAGUUUGUCAUUUUCCAUCACGUUCUCAGCUCUAGGCUUCAAAUUUAUCAUAGCCGAAACCCUUCCCAAGAUACCCUACAUGACGUAUAUUGACAUUUACAUUUUAAUUGCAUUGAUAAGUAACCUGUCGGUUGCUACAUGGCAUGGCGCGACCUACCUCAUUAUAGAUGAUGAAGCCAAGAAAACAGCCGACAAUUAUGCAAUGUGGAUCGCACUAGGAGCUUUCACUGUGUAUCAUAUCAUCUACUACGGAAUAAUGGCAAUUUGUUACAUCCGACAUAAGAGGGAAUUAGAAGAAAGUGAAAAGAAACACCAGAGACGAGUGGUUCGGGAUCCACAGCGGAUGAUUGGCCCGUCAAUGCCUGUUAUGGAAGACAAGGUCACACAGAACCCUUUGUUUAACUCAAGGCCAAGCAGGGAAUUCCUUGUGCCCUCGCAUAGAUGAACCUUUCUAUUGGUUGAGAGAAAAACGAUGCGCCAAAAAUACGAACGCUUGGUGGAGAUGUACGUUAGUACAUGAUAAAUCGUCAAAUCUGAUUUUUUAACUUAA